CGGGGAAGAUGGCGGAUGACAAGGAUUCUCUGCCCAAGCUUAAGGACCUGGCAUUUCUAAAGAACCAGCUGGAACGCCUGCAGCAGCGUGUAGAAGACGAAGUCAGCAGUGGUGUGAGCCAGGAUGGCUCGCUCAUGUCCUCCCCAUUCCUCAAGGGCUUCUUAGCCGGCUAUGUGGUGGCCAAACUGAGGGCAUCCGCAGUAUUGGGCUUUGCUGUGGGUACCUGCACUGGCAUCUACGCAGCUCAAGCAUAUGCCGUGCCCAAUGUGGAGAAGACAUUGAGGGACUAUCUUCGGUCAUUGCGAAAGGGGCCUGACUAGCUCUGGAUCCCAUGGGGGAGGAAGGAUGAGCACCUCAGGCCUGCAGGUAGAGGUCUUUCAACCACAGAUG